UCUUUCUCUGGCUGGGUCUCCUGGCCUGGGUGUGAUUAUUUAACUUAUUUCUGCGGUGGCACCAGCGCUGAGGGUGUGACUGAGCACUGUGGGGCGGCGAUGGAGAAAAUCAUGUUUUGUUUGUUAAAAGACAAAUGACAUCUGCCAGAAAUAAAAAGGCGAAUGACUGGGGUUUUCCCAAAAAAUGCAAGAGAGAAGACCAACUGUCUUGGGGGUUUGCCACCACCGCAACAGCAACAGAUGCUGAGCUUACGGGCAACAAAUCAACCAUCGCUGCUCAAUGCCAAUCCUAUGCUUCAGCGGGCCUUACUCAUGCAGCAGAUGCAAGGAAACCUGCGUGGAUUUAACAUGACAGCGCCAGCACUGCAGCAGUUUUUCCCUCAGGCUACAAGACAUUCCCUCCUGGGGCCACCACCUGUCGGGGUCUCCUUAAAGCCAACUCGGCUGGGCUUCCCCAGCCUUCCCUUCCAGCGGCAGAACCGGACCUUUCGCAAGGACUUCCAGAGGGUCCCUGACAGGAAGCGGGAACUAGAUCCUGGUUCUUCAUCUCAGACACAAGGUGAUGAGAAAAUGGAAAUCCCAGAGGGAGUGCAGGCAGGGUCAGAGCAGAACAACUCCUCACCAUCCACAGAGCCAAGAACUCCAAUAGAAUCUGCGUUGAACACUGAGCCUGCAGCAAAAAGACUGAAGAGUGCAGAAAGCACUCAUCAUCUUCAAAUCUUCCUUGAACACCCACUUCUUCUAGCAUGGCCUGACAAUGUGACUGAGGAGUCUGCAUUAGAGGAUGCAAUGGACAGCAAGGAAGCAGGAGAAUCAAGCACCCAUGUCCGAGCUGAUGGUACAGACAAUGCAAAGGAGUACACAACUGAAGAUCUCUCUAAAGAGAGGAAAUUCUCUGAGGAACCAAAGGCUCCUGAGGUGUUGAGCUCUGGAGGUUCACUGAAAGUGACUAUUCAGCAGAGCAGUGAGAGCAGAGCUAUCAGUACAACAGCUCUAAAACCGGGGCACUGGACCUGCGAGGUGGGCACAGCUGAUCCCAACCCUGAAUCAGUCCUUAAAUUCUACUGUUACAUCUGCAAGACCAACUGCUGCAGUCAGCAGAAUUUCCAAUCCCACAUGGCUGGAAUUCAGCACCAGCAGCGACUUGGGGAGAUUCAGCACAUGAGCAAUGUUUGUUUUGUUUCACUGCUGCCCAUGGUGAAGGAGCAGAAGGUGCUGGCAGAGAAAGAUGGAGAGUCCCAGCAGCGAUGGUGUAACACUUGUCAGAUACACUUCAUGGGGGAUCUAAUCAAACAUCGCAGGACCCAAGAACACAAGCUGGCCAAACGCUCGCUUCGUCCUUUCUGUACUGUCUGCAGCCGCCACUUCAAGACCCCUCGCAAGUUUGUGGAGCAUAUGAAGUCCCCUGAGCACAAACAGAAAGCUAAAGAGGUGAGGCUAGGAGAGAAGGAGUUGGGCAGCCCAGAAGAUUCAGAGGAGUUGAUCACAGUGGAUGCUGUUGGCUGUUUUGAAGAUGAUGAUGAUGAAGAGGAGGAGGAGGAAGGGGGAGCUGGUGAGGAAGAAGAUCUGGAUGUAGUGCUGGUAGAGAAUGAGGAUUCUGCUGCCAAGCAGACUGGGCUGAAGGAAGUGUCUUUGGAGGAUUAUGAAGGAAGUGAGAAGUAUUGUCCAGACACAGCCUAUGGCCUGGAUUUUCUGGUCCCCGUCGCAGGUUACCUCUGCAGGCUGUGUCACAAAUUCUACCAUAGCGACUCUGCUGCCCGGCUCGCACACUGCAAGUCCCUGAUGCAUUUUGAGAACUUUCAGAGAUACAAGGCAGCGAGGCAUCGUGCCACAGCUGCCUACCCCGAGGCUCCUUUGCAUUCCCAGGGCUCCAGCUCCCAAUUGCUGGAUGAUCCGAAACAGCCUCCUGCUACAACAGCAGAGACCAGCAAGAAGGUGAAUGAUGAUUAUGGGAUAGACAAGGAGGGUACAGAGCUCUCAGCCCCGCAACAAGAAGCUUCAAGGUCUUUGGAGGGUAAGGGUGAGCUGGCCACCUCUGUAGCAGAGGGCAAAAGCCUAGCCAGCGUGACUGAUGAUGUGUGUGGAAUCGUGGUUGUAGAAGAAGAAAACCUACAGGAGGAGAGCAAGUCCACUACCACUGGUGCCGGGUGCCCGCUCCCUGAAGAGAGCCGCACCAUAGGGGAGUUGCUGGGACACGCCGUGUGUGAGGAGGAGGAAGCCGAUGCGGCCAGGCAAAGGGAAGGCACAGACGACUGCCAGGAUCCAGGGAGUGGAGGGGGAUUAGCACAGAAUGAGGCAGCAAACACAGGCCAGGAGGCAGCGGCAGAGUUUUCCUCCCUGGCCAAAGGUGAGACAGCCAGUCUUGCCUCUGCUGGGUGCAGACGCUCUACCAGGCGCAAACCCAGAUAGAGUGGCCUUAAAGGGAGAGCCCUUUCCAUAUGAUAUUUGCUGGAAAUGUUUAUUUUCUGAGUCUUUUAAUAGAGCAAAAACCUUCAACUUUACUGCUGUUUUUAUUUUAAGAAUAAAAUAAGCCUGGCUUUAGCGUGUCCAAUACAGGAUGGUGUUCGUUAUUACUUGUACAGUUGGCAUGUAGCAGUUAUGUGGAAAGACUGAGGCUUGGAUUGUUGAACCUAAAAGAUGGUAAUGUGAUUUCCACUGGGAAGAGUUCAUGAAGUAAAUGGACACAGAUUUAUUUCUCACUAAGAAUUCUUUGUAGUUCCUCUCUUGUUUCCUAUCCAGGCAGAGGAAAAGUUUAUCUCUUGGGAGACUGUGCCCAACUUUGCUCCUCAGAACAGUUUCCUUUCAAAGAUGCACACUCCUAGACAAGCAGUGUCCUAAGCUAGGCAAGAAUCUACAUCUUGGUCCUUUGUUAAUACUACAAGGCUUAAUACAGUCUGUUCUCAUAGUGGACACUCUCAGGAACAAAUUUUGUUUCAAACUGAUUUUAAUAAAACAGAUUUCUUAUAAAGAA